CGCAGGCUCGGGAAGUCAGUGGGAGCUGGAUCCGGAGCCGACCGCACACUUCGCGAGCGCAGAGCUCCCGCGCUUCUCCGCCUCGGAUCAGUUUGCUCGACCGCCGCCGCCAUGGCCCAAGCCGACGUCGCGCUCAUCGGCCUGGCUGUCAUGGGACAGAACCUGAUCUUGAACAUGAAUGACCACGGCUUCGUGGUCUGUGCCUUUAACAGGACAGUCUCCAAAGUGGAUGAUUUCCUGGCCAACGAGGCGAAGGGAACCAAGGUGGUGGGCGCGCAGUCCCUGAAGGAGAUGGUGUCCAAGCUGAAGAAGCCACGGAGGGUCAUCCUGCUGGUCAAGGCCGGCCAGGCGGUGGAUGACUUCAUCGAGAAACUGGUCCCACUGUUGGACACCGGGGACAUCAUCAUCGACGGGGGAAAUUCUGAGUAUCGCGAUACCACAAGACGAUGUCGGGACCUCAAGGCUAAAGGCAUCUUGUUCGUGGGGAGCGGCGUCAGUGGCGGCGAGGAGGGGGCCCGGUAUGGCCCAUCCCUCAUGCCAGGCGGGAACAGAGAGGCUUGGCCGCACAUCAAGACCAUCUUCCAGAGCAUCGCCGCGAAAGUAGGAACUGGAGAGCCCUGCUGCGACUGGGUGGGAGAUGAGGGAGCCGGGCACUUCGUGAAGAUGGUCCACAACGGCAUAGAGUACGGUGACAUGCAGCUCAUCUGCGAGGCGUACCACCUGAUGAAGGACGUGCUGGGCAUGGAGCACGACGAGAUGGCCCAGGUGUUCGAGGAAUGGAAUAAGACUGAGCUGGACUCGUUCCUGAUUGAGAUCACCGCCAAUAUCCUCAAGUUCAAAGACAGCGAUGGCAAGCAGCUGCUGCCCAAGAUCAGGGACAGUGCGGGGCAGAAGGGCACUGGGAAGUGGACGGCUAUCUCCGCCCUGGAGUACGGUGUCCCCGUCACCCUCAUCGGAGAAGCUGUCUUCGCUCGGUGCUUGUCGUCGCUGAAGGAUGAGAGGGUCCAAGCUAGCAAGAGGCUGAAAGGCCCCCCGAAGACCCAGUUCGCGGGCGACAAGAAGUCCUUCCUGGCGGACAUCCGAGAGGCCCUCUACGCCUCCAAGAUCAUCUCGUACGCGCAGGGCUUCAUGCUGCUCAGGCAGGCGGCCUCCGAGUUCGGCUGGACCCUCAACUACGGCGGCAUCGCCCUGAUGUGGCGAGGGGGCUGCAUCAUCCGCAGUGUGUUCCUGGGAAAGAUAAAGGACGCCUUCGACCGCAACCCCGACCUCCAGAACCUGCUGCUUGAUGACUUCUUCAGGUCGGCCGUGGAGAACUGCCAGGAUGCAUGGCGGCGCACGGUUACCACUGGGGUCCAGGCGGGCAUCCCCAUGCCCUGCUUCACCACCGCCCUGGCCUUCUACGACGGCUACCGACACGAGAUGCUGCCCGCCAACCUCCUCCAGGCACAGCGAGACUACUUCGGGGCCCACACCUACGAACUCUUGGCCAAGCCGGGCCAGUUUAUCCACACCAACUGGACGGGCCACGGCGGGAGCGUGUCCUCAUCCUCGUACAACGCAUGACAGCGCCGCCCUCGGACCCCACGGCCGGACAUUCCUGGCCACAGCACUCCACCCCCUCCGUCUCCAGCCAAGUGUAGGUGACUGGUGAGGUCACAGCGCCCCCUCGCCCUCGCCCUCCGGACGCCCAGGAACUGAGCAGAUAAUGGGGACCACCGUGGAGCCGCAGCGGCCUGGGGCCUGGCGGGGCUCGCAGUCCGCUGAGCUCUCGUGCAGCUGGGCUCCUUCUCUUUGUGCUCAGUGGAAGCCGCGCUGCGUUUACGCUCUCUCUCCACUUAGUCUACCCGGUGCCACUUUUAGCAGUCGUCCAGCUGGCAGAAAGAGUGCCAGUGGUUUUAAUAAAUCUGAAUCAAUUUGUUUUCUCUUCUA